AUGAGCACUAAGGCCCAAUUCGAACAAGCUGCUGAGGAUGUCAAGAAGUUGACCAAGAGCCCAUCCAACGAGGAGAAGUUGAAGCUGUACGGUCUCUACAAGCAGGCCACCGCUGGAAACAACACUGCUUCACGUCCAUGGGCUGUUCAACUCGAGGCCUGUGCCAAGCAUGACGCCUGGACCGCUGAGAAGGACAAGGCUUGCGAGACCUGCUACCAAGAGUACGUCGACUUGGUCAAGGUGUUGCAGUCCAAGUAUGCUUAA